ACUCGCUCUCUCGCGACGAACUGAUGUCGCUCUGCUGUAACAGUCAUGAAAACAGUUCAAUUGAACCCACCCUAACGUAACGUCGGGGUUUUGGGGAAGAUGCGGAUUGUUGAAAAGCGGAACUCGGAAACGGUUGUGGCAUAACAGACAAGGAUCGGAUCGGAUCGACUGGUCGCAGAACGCGGCGACCGAGCGUUGUGAAAUCGUCGUGAGAAUCGACCGCCGACACUGUUAGCGAGUGGAAGCAGCUCUCGGCUAGUGCUGCUUGCUCGCGCGCGCGUCCCAAGCAAAACGCAGCCACAGGCGGACACGGACGGUGAAGUGAAAAAGCAAAAAAUCACGGGCGAACAGAGGAAGCAACAGAAGCGAACGUAGAAGGAACGAAAAAGCGAACGACGGCGAAAAAAUCCCUUGGCAAGUGGGCGAAGGAGCUGCAGCAGCCCGUGUGCCCAGUAGUGCAGCUGUGCGGCCGUGUGCGUCCCGUUUUCCGGAAGCUGUGCGUUUUUUCGGGGCUUGGAAAAUCGAUCCCACCGUGUGUGAUGUGUGAUUAAGUGCAAAGUGAAAGCAAAAAGAAACGGUGGCCUCCCCGUAUGAAAUUGUGCAUCGCUUGACGCGAAGUUUAGUGGAACGCGCACUUUGACGACGACAACGACGAGGCCAAGUGUGUUGUAAAGGAAAAUGUUGCUGCUCAAGAAAAACCUUCUCUGCUGGCUGCUCCUGUCAGCCAUAUUGGUGAAAACGGCUUACUGCGUCCCAACGGCAGCCGUUACCGAGGCAGACGACGAAAACGAUUCGGAAUGGGACGAGGACGAGGAAUCGUCCGAGGCGGAUGACGAUGGGCGGGUCUACAAGAAUCCGAGGAAUUCACCCUCGACCGAAUGUCCACGGGACGAGGAACAAGCAACGCUGCUGGGUCAAAAGUGUUUGCGCAAAUGUUCGUCGGAUGAGGAUUGUAAGAGCAAGAAGAAGAAGUGUCUGUGUGAUGGGGCGUGCGGUAUGUCCUGCAUCAAGCCGGACCGGGAGUGUCCGGAUCUCACGCAACCUAGCCUAGGUUCGGUGACGCUUUCGGGGAAGCAUUUUGGAUCGCGUGCUACGUACACCUGUCCGCAUGGAUAUCACGUGGUUGGGCUUCAGAGCCGACUCUGUCAGGCGGACGGAAGUUGGGCGGGAAGUGAGCCGGUGUGCAAGCAGAACAUCUACUGUCUGGAACCACCGACUAUCGAGCACGCAAGACACUCAGCCCUCCCGGAGCAGGCCACCUUUGAUCUUGACUCAACGGUACAGUACCACUGCCAUACGGGCUAUGCUACGGCCGGGUUUCCGCGUGCCAAAUGUUUGGCCGUUGAUGGACAGGCGAGCUGGUACGGUCCGGAUAUUUCGUGUGAACCACGCUCCUGUGGACAGCCCCCGGAUCCUGCCCAUGGUUGGCAUGCAGGGGAGAGUUACACGUUUGGAGGCAAGGUAACGUACCAUUGCGGUGAAGGGUAUGAGCUGGUUGGACGAGCUGAGCGCUACUGUCAGGCUGAUGGAUCGUGGACUCCGAAGGAACUGCCGACCUGUGUUCUGGUAACUUCGGUGCAGUGUCCAUCGCCGGAAAAUCCGAGGAAUGGUAAGGCCAUUUACACAAGCACGUCCUACAACUCCGUGGUUAGUUACGAGUGUCGCUAUGGAUAUACGCUUGUGGGCGAGAGCUCUCGUCGAUGUGGCGCAGACAAGCGCUGGACGGGUACACUUCCAGCAUGCAAGGAAAUCAACUGUGGACAUCCGGGCACUCUGUACAACGGUUGGCUGGAAAACAUCGAAAGCGGUACCGGUCUUGGUGCGAGUAUAAUUUUCCGUUGUCAUCCGGAGAUGCUUCUGGUGGGAAACACUUCCUCCGUGUGUCAGAUUGAUGGUCGUUGGCGAUAUCCGUUGCCACAGUGCUUGGCGCCUUGUGUCGUCCCAUCCAUAUCUCAAGGGCAGGUGAUUCCGAUCGAGUUCGACAUUGAUGUAAACGCCACGACAAUUGUGCCGACGAGUGGUAGUAGCUCGAAAGUGAAGCAUGGAACAGUGCUGGAAGUAAUCUGCGACGAGCACUACGAAUUUCCGUUCUCGUCCUUGUCACCACCGACGUGUAAUAAUGGAACGUGGAGCGUGAUACCGCGAUGUGCUCCGGCUCGCUGUAAGACGAUGCCCAAGCCGCCCAAGUUUGGCAUGGUGUUGGCACCGAAAACGGAACAUGGGAUGCGGGCGAGAUUUAAGUGUAAGGAUGGCUAUAACCUUACUGCUCCGGGUGGGAAACCAAUCCCGGAUCCGAACAACUACGUGCUGAUCUGCUCGUUCGGUAACUGGACUGGAGAAAUGCCACAGUGUACGGAGGUGUACUGUCAGUUCCCGGGGUAUAUCCCCAAUGGAAAGGUGUUGCUGGUGGGUAAUAUGGGCCUGUACGACUAUCGGCCGUACGUGCGGAAGGUAAUCAACAACAAGCAGAUAAUGUACGAGUGUGACAAGGGCUACGUUAUUGAAACGGGUCCACCCGGAGCGACUUGUAUAGGAGGGAAAUGGAGUCCAACAGAGCUACCGAUCUGUACGCCCGGGCAGCAUCCUCGGUUGCGUUGGAAUCGUCGGCGUCGUUCGCUGGAUCUUCGUAUGCGCUUCCACCGAUCAAAUCAGCUCAAGCAGCACUAUCGAUAUCUGCAGCGUAAGCUAGAAGAGCACGACGCAUAUCAGCAGCAUGAGAUCGCAAAGCGUUCUGCUGCACCGUACCGCGGACAGAUCCCUUCCAAGCGUCACUACACCUUCGAAGACUUUCAACGCUUUCGCGCGAAGCGUAGCAUCGAGGCGAGUCGUAACGCAAUGCUUAGAAGCGCUUUCCGUACCGCGAUGGUGCGAGAGCGACGCGAGCUUUCGGAUGUGGAGAAGGCCUACAGCAAGUACUACGAACGGAUAAAGGCAAAGUAUCGGAAUUAUGUACAGAAUUUACUUGGCUUUAAUAAGGCACGAACGAUGCCGACACACGACGACAUUCACGUACAGGAUGGGCGAUGGCACUCGUAUCCGGAGUCAGACCCGGUAAGCCGCAACCGUGGUAUGCAGAAUGGACGUGAGACGGAAACGGGUCAACUCGUAGGAACACCUGCUCCUUCGCCUGCCACUCGACGACCAAGACCACACAAAGCGAAGCAAGGUAAGGCACGGAAACCGAAGCUUCCCCCACCGAUUACCAUUCCGGACAUUAACGAACAGUCCCGCUAUCGGUUGGAUUUUGUCGAGAGUGCCGAAAGCAAUCGUACAACAGAUCAUCUGAACGAGAACGAUAUCUACAGUAACUAUUUCCCACCGCCACUGACUGGCCGGUAUCAUACGAGCUGGCAGUUUGCUUCGGAAGUUACACCUAGCCAUCGGAACGAAGGCAACCAGUAUCGUACGACGCAGUACCGGGGCCGUAAUCGCACGGAACCACCGCUGGACGAGAAUCCGUACACGCUGAUGGAGAAGCUACAGUCGCAGAUUAUUCGACGCAAGCGAGAUACGGCCAGCUCGAUGGAGGAAACGAAGCGCGCCCAGAAAGCGAAUCGGAAGGCAGCGAAUCAGACCGACGUGGACAGUAUGGAUCCGGCACGGAAGGUAAAGUUUAAGGGACCUUGCGAACCGUUGGCUAGUGAACCGUAUGCGCAGCUGGAAAUUGUACGCCCGGGCAAGGAUCCGAACGAAACGUUCGGUCCGGGAACGAUUGUGCGGGUAACCUGCACGAAGGGUUACGUUUCGAACAUUGUCAAUCCGAACGCGACGGCAAAGUGUGUACGAGGCCGAUGGAAACCGACCAAGCCGACGUGUAGUAUGAAGCCUUGCUUCGUACCAUCAACUGAACAUGGCAAGUACUACGAUGCCUCGGUAGAUCUGACGACUCUUGAUGCGGUGCGACCUACGACCGCUUCCCUGACACCGAUGGAGAUGAUCGAGAAUGGGAAGAUGAUCAACUUCCAGUGUGACCAUGGCUAUAACACACAGGGUCCUUCGAAUCUACGCUGUUGGAACGGUGAGUGGGCUGUGAGUUCUCUACCGGAGUGUUUACCUGCACCUUGUGUCCUGCCACCAAUAAUGCACGCAAUGUAUCAGGGAGGAUAUCGUGCUGGACUAACCAUCGCGCACGGUAGCUCCGUGAUGAUCCAGUGCGAGAGUGGAAUGGGAAGUGCGUCAUCGGUACAGAUGGAUUGCGCCCUGGGAUCUCUCACGCCCGAAACGAUCAACUGUGGAUACAUUUCAUCGCGCAAAUCGCGCGAUGAUGACAGCAGCUCAAUCAUUGUGCUCGACGGUAACAAUGUGACCUCGUCCGAGGAUGAAAACGACGGUAGAGAGUGUGGUCCACCGGGCAAGAUCCACGGCUCGCUGGUGUACAAGAACGGUGAACAGAUGGAUGAAGGCAGUGACGAAGGUUUCCCAUCCGGGACGGAGAUAACGUUCGAUUGUAUCGCGUCCAUCACGGGUGAACAGACGACGUGGAAAAUUAUCUGCGAAGAUGGACAGUGGAUAGGACGAUCAAUGAAUUGCGAUGACGAUGAUCCACUGUUUCAUCGGAUACCGUCUGCAAACGGGUCGUGCAUGUUCCGCAACAAUGAGCCGCACGUGGUCAGCUUCUACAACGAUCUGGAGAUACGGGAGGAUAUUGUGGAGUUUCCACCGGGGACGACGAUCAUAUCGCGCUGUGUCGAUAUCGGAAAGUACGCAAUGAUCGGUACUAGUGUGCGUACUUGCGUCCGUUCGGAGUGGAGCGGUCAAAAGCCAUCGUGUUUUGGGUUGAAUCAAGAGAAUGACUAUGCAAUGGAAAAACCACCAACCAUAUUGAUACGCCACCAGAACGGCCCCAUCGCGCAGAGCAACGAUGGAAAGCUGAUCGUGUACCCGGGUACCACCGUACAUCUCGAGUGUUUGUGGAUGCGUCGGUUUGGAAAUCCACGGUGGAAUGUCAGCCAUGAUUAUCGCAAGUAUCCAGAGGGCUGGAGCUCGGAUGAGGGUCGCGAUCCACAGUUGGAGUAUCGUAUCAGCAUCAUGCACGCGGUGAAGGAUGACUCUGGUAGCUUCACCUGUGUCACACCAGCACGCCACACGCAUACGGUCGAGGUGAUCGUCAAGGCGGUUCAUUGUAACGAAAUUCAGGUACGACGAGGACUCUCCGCUAGCACAGGAGAAACGAUGAUGGGUACACGGGUCUUAUUCUCCUGUACAAACGGUAACGCACUUAUCGGUACGCCGGAGAUCUCUUGUUUACCGAGUGGAAACUGGAGUGCACCGUUACCCGUCUGCGAAAGCGUUGAGUGUGGUGAGGUCCCGAUACAACCGAGCAGCAACGGAUCCGCACCUCGGGUCGCCAUUUUGUCUCGGGAAGUUGGGGGACGGGCAGCAUUCUCUUGUCCACCGGGCUAUGGGCUAAGGGGACCUAGUGAGGCGAUCUGUUUGCCAACGGGUGAAUGGGGCGGUCCUUUCCCAUCGUGUGUCGAGGUACAAUGUUUCCAUCCGGGAGCACCUCAGAACGGUUACGCGCAGGGAACUCCACCGUACAGGGCGGGUGAUGUGGUACAGUUCAACUGCAAUCCGGAGUACAUGAUGCAGGGACAACCGAUCAUCGCCUGUCAGGAUAAUGGACGUUGGUCGGGAGGUUUACCAAAGUGUGUACAGGCUUGCUCGUAUCCCGGCACCGCCAUCAGCGGACGGAUGUCAUCGGUGAAGUUCUACUACUCCAUCGGUGAAAGCAUCACGUUCACGUGUGAUGCCGGUCUGGAGCUGCGUGGCGCCAAGAUGCUCAAGUGUCUGAAGAACGGCAAAUGGUCGAAUGCCAUACCGACCUGCGUGAAUCCGGACGCAGUGAACGUGCGCACCGACGCCAAGGGAGUGUUCAAGCGGGACAACUAAACGGUUUCCGAACCAUUCGUCGCUACAGGAACGGCACAAACGACCCACCUAACACCUGAGUGGCGGUGGUCUUGCUGGCCACUAAUGCUGCUGGCAGCACCAUCAUCACAACCCAGGACACGAACCCUAUGGAAAUCGGUUUCGAGAGUACUCAAGAGUGAAACAGGGCGAGAUGAAGCAAUCGCAAUAGUAAUUUCCAGCAAUCAAACAUAUAAAGAGCGAGAGAGAGAGAGCUGUUCAAGGAAUUGUUUUCACCAUAACCCAGGUACGGAAGUGGGGGUACAGCUACUUAAUAAUAGGGAAUAAGAAUAGUAAGCAAGAAACACAAUACAAUAACAAAACGCAUAGCAAUGAAAAGUAAGAAAACAAAAACAUAAUCAUAAUGCAAAUUGAUUGGGCAAGCAAAAUCAACACACGCGCAUUCGCAAUAUUGUGAACUUCGAGGCAUCCAAGCAAGCUACGCUACGGUAAGCGAUUAAUCAGCAGUUAAUAAGCUUCUUAGCCACAGGCACAGGUUGUCACAGGCUCGGAAGAACAUAUCGCGUGUGUGUGUGUGUGAAGCGUUAGUAAAGCGGCACGAAGAAGAGGAAGGAGUUAUCAACGUUAAUUUGUUCACAAAACCUUCUUUUCCAGCUGCUGCUGCUCCUCAAGAAGUGAACAAGUAAACCAAAAUCAAAUUCAUCAUACUCGUAGAGUUAACUCAAGACCACACCAGAUGUACGUAUAUGGAUAUUUAUACUUCGUAUAUGAAUACUACACAGAAGCAUAAUGCUAGUAUCGGAAUCAGGGGUGAGGCUUUGGCAGAUGUUGUUGCCACAAGGCAGAAACAAGGCAGAUUAGAUUAGCUAAGCGAGGGAAACCAAAGAAAAACCCAAACAAGUCUCAACAAAAUAUCGCUCAGAACGUUACGUUAAUGCCACCACCGGGGCCAUCUUGUUAAUGCUUGUUGCAGCUCGGAAGGGUUGGUUUUUGUUUUAACCAUGCUUGAUGCAUCACUCUCUCACUCACUGUUGUCACUGUUGAUAAGGGAUAAUGAUGUACGCACUGAUGGUGUUGUCCGUUUGAUGGAUUGCACGCACUGACGGUUCUGACGGGCUAGGGAAGUUCUGUUCUCCGCACUUGACGCACAUUUAAUUGUAUCGAUGGACAUUCAUCGACCUUCACCGAUGGACACCGUUGGCGAACCGCUGGAGGCAGGGGAUGUGUACUUACAAUUGUACGCCUUUAUCUCUGUAGCUCCAGGAUGUACCUAGGGUGUUAGUGGUUUGCUGGCCACUGGGUGAAUAAAUAAUAACUAACAACUGCAUACGAGAUCAAUUGAUGCAUCGAGAGUCGUUGGGGUUUUUUUUGUGCGCGUUUGAAACAAAAUGCAGAUUUAUCGACAUCAGCGCACCGACAACAAAACGCGACCGCUAUCGGGCCGGUCAUGCCAGGGUGUUACUAAUUUAUGCACAACUUAAUCGCAAAUGUAAUGCCAACCCAAGGGUGGUGGUCACCGGCUGUUCGUUGUUGCAUGAUGCGCACCCGAAUCCUUGUUGAUAUGUGUGUGUGCUUUUUGUUGUUGUCGUUUGGGUUCAUUUUGAUCCUUCUCUACGAUAAUCUCUUCAUCCUCUGUCAGUGGGACAUUCGUCAAAAAAAAUCGGCGGGAAUUGUUUUGUUUGCUGUUGCUGUAUGCAAAGCGAGUGUUCACGUUAUAAUUGCUUUCGGUCGAGUUGGUGAGUGGACAACGGGUGGGACGCGAGCGGUGUGUCAGGAUGGGCGUUUGUGCAGCAGCAAAAAAAAGGAAUCGUUUUUUAUCGCCUCAGCAACGCCACCAUCACAUAUGUGUAGCCCACAGUUAGAGGUGCUGUUAUUAUUAUGCGCACAAUUUAUCUCCCUUCAGUGGCCGUUGGCUUACACCGUAAUAACACUGUAAAUAAUAAGCAGGUGGAAUUUAUUGAACAUAUUAUAUAUUAUAUAAUUACAAAUGAAAUACAUAUAUAUAUAUAUAUUA